UUGUGACUUGGACUUUUUCACAAAUCGAGUACGGCAGGAGGAAGGGCAUAGGCUUGCUCGAAUUUGCACUAUACACCAUGGCCAGGGGCCAAGGAGAAUGGUAUGGAUAGGGAAAAGCAGGAAAGCAGAUACUACCAUGACAAAACCCAGCAGAGGCUUGAUGAAUUCGAGGUUGCUAGAGUUCAGCAAGACGAAGGACAGCGAGCCAGGCUCGAAGACUAUUUUGCUAGAAAGGCUGCAGAUGAGGCAGAAAGGGCCGAAAGGAACAUGAAAGAGUCAAUGGGCCUACGGGCUUGGAUGGCAGCUUCGGACUGGACGACAUCGUUUAAUGCUGCCGAGAAACACCGGACCGAGAAUACUGGGAAUUGGUUCAUACGGCAUCACAAAUACAAAUCAUGGAUAGAGAAUCAGUUUAAACGUGAGCUCAACGACGUUGAAUUUUCGGAACGUCUCCUUUUCAUCUCAGGAAAGCCCGGGUACGGUAAAACUGUGCUCUCUACGCGUAUUAUUUCAGAUAUUCGGAGAUGUAUUGGAAGAGAUGAACCCACAGAUAAAGGGGCUAUCGCCUUUUUUUACUUCAACGCUCAGCAUCAUGAUUCGACGUCAAACGAGAGUGCUCUACGAGCAAUUGCCACCCAACUGUUGCACGAUAACAAAGAUGACACAGACUUCAUUGAUUUAGCAGUUCUCCUCAUGGACGAUAUGGGCAGUGGUCAGAGCACUGCGACUGAGAGGGAAAUUCAAUCUAUAAUCCGCAUUUUCCUUGGGCGGCUUGGUGCAUCCUUUCUCAUAUUCGACGCGCUCGAUGGGUGCAGAGACUGGGAAGAACUUCUGGAAACCCUCGAUAAUGUUACUCGAGGAUCCAAAUGCAGUGUUGUGUGUUUAGGGAGGCCUCAUUUAUGCGUUGUGAAGAGCGUAGGAAGCAACACUUCUCAGUUCCGACUCGAAACGGAGGAAAAUCUCGGCGACAUGAAGCGAUAUCUCGAGCCAAAGAUUCAGGCUCUAUACAAACGAGGAAAGUUUCCGGAUUCUCUCACAGUCACAGAAACGGUCGAAAAGAUUGUCAGCCGGGCAGAUUCCAUGUUCUUGUGGGUGGUGUUGAUGAUCGGCUAUCUUUCUUCCCCAUUGCUAACGCCGAACAAUCGACUACAAGCCAUUAACGACAUCCAUAUACUCGAAGGGCUGGACGCCAUGUACAAGCAAAUCCUUGAAGAUUUGAAAAGACGGCUUCCUAAAUCGCUGUGGUCGAUAACUAAGAGGAUGUUUCAGUGGCUUGUUGUUGCACAAACACCUUGAAAGCUUGAAACGCUCCAUACAGCACUUGCGGUUCAAAUCGAUCGAGCCAUAACAUCUGAUGACUACAUUUCCGACUUUCAAGAAUGUUUACUAGAGACUUGCGGCUCAUUUGUUGAGGUCUAUUCCGAUGGAACCUUGAGAUUCAUUCAUCUGUCUGUCCAGGAAUUUUUGGUUGACCCUAACCCGGAAUUACACAACCCCGAGCUCUCGCGGACCUUCCAUAUCCAAAAAGAACUUGCACAUUGCUCUAUAGCGACCCUUUGUCUCUCGUACAU